GGUUCUUUUGGUUUUCACCAUGGCGUUAGUUUGUUUUGUGGACGAGUUACAAAAUAAUACUCAAACCUUUCUUCUGCUGAAGUAGUAUUUCGAUUAGCAAUUAUGGACGCUCUUCUGAAGACUUUAUUUUCCUCGGAGGAGCGAGAGCUGUAUGUUUUGGAUUGCUUGUCGUACUUGAUGAUGGUUAUGGCAUUCAUAACGUUUGUGACUUUACUCUUUGAGCACGUCCCCUAUGGCAGAUAUGCAUCCAGCAGGUAUGGGUUCCCUGUGAAUGUCAAAGUCGCCUGGUUCGUUCAGGAGCUGCCGGCGUUUCUGGUGCCUUUGAGUUUGUUGCUGUGGACUCCAUGUGCAAAGAUAAUGCACCUGCCCAACCAAUUACUUCUGCUCAUGUUCUUAUGCCAUUAUGUGCAAAGGUCCCUCAUCUACCCAUUUUUAAUUCAAGGAGGGAAAUCCACACCAUUCAUCUCGUUUGUCCUGGCCUUUGUCUUCUGCAUCUAUAAUGGGUACCUGCAGGCAAGAUACCUGAGUCACUAUGCAGAUUACCCCCCUGGUUGGGUUACACAUCCCUGUUUCAUCACAGGGUCUUGUAUGUGGUUCCUGGGAUGGCUCAUUAAUAUGCACUCCGACCAUAUUCUCAGGAACCUCCGUAAGCCUGGAGAGACAGAUUAUAAGAUACCUAGAGGGGGUGUGUUUGAGUAUGUAUCAGGAGCAAACUUCUUUGGGGAGAUUGUGGAAUGGGCUGGAUUUGCUCUAGCUGGUCAUUCGAUCCAUAGUGCAGCUUUUGCUCUCUUCACUUUAAUUGUGCUGUCCAGCAGAGGAAUGGCCCACCACAAGUGGUAUCUCACAAAAUUUGAAGACUAUCCAAAAUCAAGGAAAGCUUUAAUACCGUUUGUGCUCUGAUCAUGUGGUAAGCCCAGCCGCCACACGCCCACAGAAACAAUAUUCUGUCAGUUUGGACUGAAAACUGAAGAAAAAACAAAAAAUCAAGACACUCCUUGUUAAUAAAGAACUCUGCUGUACAUGAUAAAAUGUGAAAUAAAAUGAGUUUAAAUGUUA